GUUUGUCCUUUGCCGAAAAUCAAUUUGAGAUGCAAGUGUAAAUUUAGGCAUUUAGAAAACAAAAAAAUUAGUUAUUUGGAAAGAAACUUGGUAUACUGUGAGACAAAUGUUCAACAUCAUAUAUCAUAGUAUGUUGCAAAACAUCGCAACUUUUUCAGGGUCAAAGAUAUGGACCCCCAUUUUUGGGGAUGCUAUAUAUGAUACAGUGGGCAUAGCACUCCAAUAUUUUCUAUGAAAUUUUCGCCGCUGCAACAUACGGUGUGCCAAUACCAUAGUUUUCUCAGCCAGCAUCCAGUGACAAUGUCGUCGCACCGGCACCGCUACAAGAACGAGGGUCUCGACUCUGCCGAGCUGCGGCGCCGCAGAGAGGAGGAGGGAGUCCAGCUCAGGAAACAGAAACGUGACCGACAGCUCAACAAGAGGCGCAACGUGCCGCCGCUGCAGCCGGCCGCGCCGGACGAGCCCGCGCCGGCCGUUGCCCACGCCCAGGAGUCUCAGUGCGUGACGCCAGAGCUGGUAGCCGCGCUGUACAGCCCGGACCCGGAGCGACUGGUGGAGGCCGCCCACCGCUGCCGGAAGCUGCUCAGCCGCGAGCCGAACCCGCCGAUUGACGAGGUGAUCCGGGCGGGCGUGGUGCCGCGCUUCGUGCAGCUGCUGCAGGCCGACCACCAGCGACUCCAGUUCGAGGCGGCCUGGGCGCUGACGAACGUGGCCUCGGGCUCGUCGGCUCAGACGCGCUGUGUGGUGGACGCCGGCGCCGUGCCGGUGCUCAUCAGCCUGCUGCAGUCGCCGCACGAUGAGGUGCGCGACCAGGCCGUCUGGGCGCUCGGAAACGUGGCCGGAGACUCGCCCGAGUGCCGCGACCACCUGCUCGACCAGGGCCUGCUGGGGCCGCUCACAGAGAUUCUCUCCGGUCCCACUCUGCGCCUGUCGCUGAAGAGGAACGCCGUCUGGACGCUGAGUAACCUGUGCCGUGGCAAGAGCCCGCCGCCCGACUUCUCCAAGGUGUCUCCGUGCCUGCCGCUGCUGGCGCGUCUGCUGACCGACCCGGACGGAGAGGUACUGGCCGACGCGUGCUGGGCGCUGGGAUACCUCUCGGACGGACCCAACUACAAGAUCCAGGCGGUGCUGGAUGCCGGCGUGUGCCCCCGACUGGCCGAGCUGCUUCUGCACGGCGAGCAGCGUGUGGUGAGCGCCGCGCUCCGGGCCGUCGGUAACAUCGCCACCGGAGACGACAUGCAGACUCAGGUGAUCCUGGGCUGCCAGGCACUGCCCUGCCUGCGCCAUCUCCUCACCAGUCAGAAGGAGAGCAUCAAGAAGGAGUCGUGCUGGACCAUCAGCAACAUCACGGCCGGAAACCAGGCUCAGAUACAGGCGGUGAUUGACGCCGACAUCAUCCCGGCACUGGUGGAGGUCAUUUGGACAGCCGAGUUCCGCACCCGCAAGGAGGCCGUCUGGGCCAUCACCAACGCCACCACGGCUGGAACGCCCGAGCAGACGCGCUACCUCGUCGAACAGCGCUGCAUCCCGGCUCUGUGCGAGAUGCUGGGAGUGCUGGACCCCAAGAUCACCCAGGUGGCGCUGAACGGUCUGGAGAACAUCCUGCGGGUCGGAGAACUGGACGCCAGGGAGUCGGGCCAGAACCAGUACGCCCUGCUGGUCGAGGAGUGCUGCGGACUGGAUAAGAUUGAGGCGCUCCAGACCAGCACCAACCAGGAGGUCUACCAGAAGGCCUACGACCUGAUCGACACCUACUUCAGCGCUGACGGCGACGCCAGCGGCGCGGCCGAGCCGGAGCGGGCCACUGACGGCGAGUACCGAAUGGCAGCUGCCCCCGCGGACAGGCCCAUUCAGUUCUGAGGGGCGCGGGCCUAGCUCUGAGAGUCGGCGGCCGGGUUCAGCGCGAGGACCGCGGCGGGUAGGCCCAGUUAGUUCGGAGGGAUGGUAGCCGGGCUCCUGAGGGUUGCCGGGCCUAGUGCCGAGGACGGCUAGGCCGCUGGGGCAGUUUGGAGCCCAGUGAGACUGCCUUUGGCGCAGCUCCGUCUGUCAAAUUGGCCACCAGCGGCGGUAGGUUGAGCGGCCAACAAGCAGUUCGUACUCACUGGAACGGACGUCUCAAGAGCGGCGUGCGCUGGCAAAUCCCCAUUUGGUGCUACGAAUCAGACAGGUAACUCCGUGAUCGGAUCAGGCUGGUGACUCGAACUAUUCAAACGAUAUAGGCGGAAUCUGCGGGUGCCCGAUCAACUAUCACUACCCAUGGCAAGUAACCCACCUACGAAACUAUUUACUCAGUUCUAACUCCCCUAAAACGCUGCAGCGAGGUAUUCGGGUGAACGCUAGUGACAUCUAGCCGGGAUGUAACGGACCGGCAGUCUGGUUGAGGCAUCCACUUGCCCCGACCAACGCGACUGUCGCUUUAACCGGGCGCGACGGCCGGUUGUUGGUCUGCGCGGCAUCCCUCGCUGCGAAUGUGGUGUGUGUCUGAGCGUUUGAGUGGCUGACUAGGAUACCUCGAGGUGGCAAGAGCCGACGUCACUGCGGCGACCUCGCAAGAUGCACGACUAUGAGGCAACCACGCCCGACGGAGAAUGCUUGCCGAGCUUCGGUGUCCCGCUGCCGUGCGCGAUUCUUCUAGUUAUUCAUGACUCGGACAGACGGGUGACGUGACCGAGUCGGAAGAGCUGCCCGGUGGAGUGAGGGGAAGCCUCAGGGGAUGCCAAACUGUGACGUCAUCUGUCUGUGUGUGACGUCAGACGUGACAGAGCCGCCCACUGACUGUAACUGACUGUGAUACGGUGCUAAGGCCGCCGACAGGCGCCACGACACACACACACACACACACACACAUACAUCCACGCUUACAACAGAGACGGACGAUGUGACGUGUGGCCACCGGCGCUCCCGACUAGCCACGGGUAAAGACCCAGUGAUGCUGGCUGUAUAAUACCCAUCUAUGUACUGUGUGACCUGGGGUACAUAGGCUUUAUGUGCGUGGUAUCUUUUACUUAUGUAUAACGUUUUAUUUACACCUAAGUAUCGAUUUAUUUUGAUGUAGAGGUUGCGACGAGCUGCUGCAUCUCGCUUAUUAUUUUCUUUCAGCCGAUAGCUGUGUGCAAAUUUGUCUAUAAGAGCGUGUGUAGUGCGUGUGGUGUCGUCCCGCCGCGGUAUUGUGUGAGCUGCGCCCCUGUCUGUACCGUAUGUGACGUGUGUCGGGCAGAACUGCCGUGAGAGCGACCUGGCGCCGUCAGGGACCUUCAGCUCUCCCCCGGCUGCAGUGCAAUGAAUGGGACUAUGGCUGGGGAGAUCGCAAGGUGCUUCUACACCCCCUAACCAGAGGAUGGACGUCUCGCCGGGUUUUAUUAAUGCCAAGCUAUGUAAACACACCGCUAGUUUCGCUGUGAUUCGGGUCCCGAUUGAUAUGUGGUACACUAGGGUAAUGUUAAUUGAAGCGGUCGCGAAGGAUAACCGGCCGUCAGCUAAUACAUCGCCGUUCUCACGGUAUCUCUGA